CUAAAUUCCUGGGCUUAAAAUUAUUUUGCUCUGAUGCUGAUCCCAAAGCCUGAAUCUUUGCUGAUCCCAAAAGUCCGACUUAUCUCCGAGAUUGUUUCAUCCAAUUUCUUUAGUAUCUCUCUCUAGCUGUAAAAAUCGGUCAGAGGAAACAAGAUUAAAAUCCACAAAUUUUUCCGUUAGUCUUCACAUCAAUCUGUGGGCUGUCUGAUCAUAGUUCAUUAGUGUCUUGUGAGAGCUAUUGAGCUCCAUUGUCCAUUUGCGGAAGUUUUAUCCACCAUGGAUGGGAUUAUGUUUGCUAUUUGCAUACCCACAGAGGAAGAAGAGAAGGAAAUGUUGAGCAAUGCCCAGAUUGCACAACCACAAGCAUCAACACCUCUCCGGGCGCCAGAUUUCAAGGACACCGAUGGGACGGGAAGAAUUCGGAGUCUUCAGUCACCAUUAAAUGAGGAGAGUACCACGUCCACGGAGCAUCUACUUAAGGCGGAUAAUGAGAAAAAGGUGAUCGUAAAGACUCCAACUCUCGUCCUUCCCGCGCUCACUGAAGGCUUCUUUUCCUCCAGUCGUAGAUCAUCUCUCAGGGCCAAGGCAUCCCAAACCAAAAAGGUCAAGACCACCAAUUGGGAUAAUCUGAACAUCCCCAGCAAUUCUUCCAUGCAGGUCGUUGUUCAGCAACUCCUUUCUAGGGCCAAAAUCGAGAAUGCCGUGUGGAAAGAAACUCACAACGGGAAAAGGAUCAAAGUAACAUUUUCCCUGGAAGUUGGUCAGAAAUGUGAACGUGUUAAACAGAUUCUCCUGGAGUGGGGAAUUGGAGUCCGAGAGGGAUCUAUUCUCACCCUCACGCCCUGUUUCUUCUUCAGUGCAGCAUCCGCAGCUCCUGCUCCCAAUGCUGAUGAUCCUCUCGAGGAUGAAAUGCAGAAAGGAGGUGCCUGGGAGCGUUUCGUGUCUUCAAUUACUGCCAGAUUCAAUGUCGCACAAUUAGUGGAAGAAGUUCGCUACAAUGCAGAGCUGAGAUUUGAUUUUUUGUCUCUUCUAAUCAUCGCAUCGAUUCUUGCUGGAUUUGGAUUGGUAGAAGACAAUCCCCUUUUUCUAGCCGCUAGUAUGCUCAUCUCUCCGCUGAUGGGUCCAAUAAUCGCCUCAAUCUUCGGAACUGCUAUUAAAGAUCGUAAGCUCCAGCGCUUGGGAAUUGUCAAUGAGCUCCUUGGAAUUUUUAUGGCCACGUUAGUAGGAUUUGUCUUUGGUCUGAUCAUUUGCAGCGUCGACAGACGCUAUGGAGUUGGUGAAGGUUUAACCCAGGAAAUGCUGAGCAGAUGUGAACUACAUUCUGUUCUGGUAGGAGUUUUUAUUGCCGUUCCUUCUGGAGCUGCCGUGGCCAUCGGAAUUCUGGGAGAAAAUGUAGGAUCUCUGGCUGGAGUGGCUAUUUCUGCAUCUCUUCUCCCACCAGCCGUGAAUUCUGGCCUGAUGUGGGCUUUAGCUUGUCUGUAUAAGAUCUACGAAGCAGAUGGGAAGCGCUACAACUCUAUCAUCAACACCAACUACUACUCUAAUCACCAGUCCAUUGAGGUAGCCAUAAUGGGAUCUAUCAGCAUGUGUGUAACGAUCACCAAUGUGAUAAGUAUCUAUGUGAUGGGAGUAGUAUUUCUGCGAAUCAAGGAAGUAGCUCCUAUGGCCACACAAAACUAUCGUCAGUUCUGGAAGCAUGACGUAAAAAUCGCGCGAGAUUAUAAUAAAACCUGCCAGGUAGAAGAUGCCACGUCUCUGCGUCAGAAACUCGCCGAAGAGAUUGCCGGUUUCGAGGCUCAGUGUGACAAUCGUGGUCAAGGAGUUCGAGCAGAGAUUGUCCGACGUUUAACUCAGGGUCCAAUGCCUUCAAUCUACCACCAUCAGCACACCUGGUCUCCCCUCACACAUCCAGCUCAGUACCGUCCAUCUGCCCAAGAGCUGGAAACACUGCUUAUGAAUGAGAGUCAUCGCAAUCAUAGAUGCUUGAGUCACCUGUACUCUCCACCUCGUCGCAGCCCCACAAGGCCCCACAUGUCUGACCGCUUCUUCCGCCGUCGCUGCUCAAUGCCCAACAAUCCCAUUAGCUCCACCUCCAAGAGUACUCUAAUCAAGUAUGUCCAGGAUACAAAACUGGACGCCAUCGCUGAAACUCCAGCACGUAUUGGGGAGGCGAGAAGGGAUACUGGGGAUACUGAGCGUGGGAGAAUUUUCACUGUAGUGCCCGUGGAAAAAUUGGAAUAAUUUAUUCACCUUAAUUUCUGAACACGUUUAAUUAAUUUUUUAUUUAAGUAGCUUCGUAGAAAGAAUAAAACAGCAAGAUCAUUAUAGAGAGGAAUUAUUGUGUUAUUUAAUUCAAUAAAACUAUGUCCAUAACGUA